UAUUAUUAUAAAACUUGGGGGAAGAAUAAAAGUAAAGAAUGAGUGUGUCUGAACUUAAUUAAUUAUUAAUAAAUAUUAAAGCAUAUAAAAGAUAUACCUCCAAACUGAACCAAACAGUAACACUCCAAAUAACAAAUAAAAAUAGAGACAUCAAAAAACACUUCAAAUAACACAACAAAAUUGGUCAGUGAUAGUAUUUAUUUCGCCUCUGGAGGCCGCUCUCGUACUGUAUAAUGACAGCGGACCCUUCUCACGCAACCAGGAAAAACUAUCAGUGUGGAUUUCUGCCGAUAACCGAUAGUUCCAGCAAUCGGUCAUCAGUUCCGAUUUUGGUCGAGUUACAUUUUAAGAAAAUAUUUUUUAAAAAUGGAUCCCUGCAGAUUGCUUGUUUCUGUGACUCUGAACUCAUUUGUUUCCGUUCUGCAUGUUGUUCUUUAAUGCAAAUUAUACCUAUGAAUAAAAUGAAAGGUGUGUUCGAGUGAUUUCACAAAUGAAAAGCUGCUAAUGUAUAGGGUAAAAUUAUACAGCAUACAUUCCUCUGUACUUUAUGCGCUGAUUAAUCGAAGGGGUUUUUGUUAAUCACAGCAGGUCAGCAGGCUGGGUCGGACUUCACGUAGCCGUCUGGAAAAGUGCUGCUCUUCAUGGUCACAUGGAACGUGGCUACAGCAGAGCCUCCUGAUGACAUCACGUCCCUACUGCAGCUUAAUUCCCCGAAGAAAGCAGACCUCUAUGUGAUCGGUUUACAGGAAGUGAGAGCAGCACCUCUGAAGUUCGUCAAAGAUCUGGCUUUCGGAGAUUCCUGGAGUUGCCUGUUCAUGAACACGCUGACUCCUCUGGGCUAUAUUCAAGUGUCCUCUGUGAGGAUGCAGGGACUGCUGCUGCUGCUCUUUUCUAAGUUAGAGCACCUCCCCUUUAUCCGAGACAUCCGGACCACGUACACUCGCACCGGGAUCUACGGAUACUGGGGUAAUAAAGGAGGGGUGAGCCUCCGUAUCUCCUUCUACGGUCAUUCGCUCUGCUUCCUCAACUGUCACCUGGCAGCCCACAUCAAUUACGCCUCUCAAAGGGUGGAGGAAUUUGAGCACAUCCUGAACUCCCAGACGUUUGACGGCAAAAACACUCCAUCUGUUUUAGACCACAAGCUCGUCUUCUGGUUCGGAGACUUGAAUUUUCGUAUCGAAGACCACGGGAUGCACUUCAUCCGCAACUGCAUCAGCAGCAAGAAUUUCAACCUGCUGUGGUCUAAAGACCAGCUGACUAUGAUGAAGAAGAAGAUCCCCAGACUGCAGCAGUUUGAAGAAGGACCUCUCGAGUUUCAGCCUACCUACAAAUUCGACUUGAACUCUGAUAAAUACGACUCGAGGCUGCAGACGGCUUGGUUCGGUCUUACCGGGAAAAAGCGAAAGCCUGCGUGGUGCGAUCGGAUCCUGUGGCGGAUGAACACCAAACCUCCCCCUGAGAAUGCGGAUAAAGACCUUGAUGAAUAUGAUGGUGGUGGUGAUUAUGAUGGAGAGCAGAAGCAGCUCGAGGAACCGUUGGAUGAAUUUCCUCUCAAAGUAGAGCAGGACGCUUACACCAGCAACAUGGAGUACGGCAUCAGUGACCAUAAACCCGUCACGGGCAUCUUCAGACUGGAGCUGAGGAGGAUGUACGAGACUCCACUGGUGCGUGUGCGUGCCGAGGGUGAAUGGAGCGCAGACAUGGACGCUGUGGUGACCUACUGCCCUCUGGAGCAGUUUCCCUCCAGCGCCUGGGACUGGGUUGGCCUUUAUAAGGUUGGAUUCCAGAGCAUUUAUGAUUACAUCACCUAUACCUGGGUAAAAGAUGACCAGGUGGCCUUGAGUAACGAGCUCAUCCAGGUUUAUGUGAGCAAGGAGGAGAUCCCGGUUCUAGGUGGGGAAUGUGUACUGUGCUACUACAGUAGUAACCUGCAGUGCAUUGUGGGUAUCAGCGAACCUUUUAAAGUUCACGCGUCGCAAGCGGCGAUUGAAGAAGGCUUCCUACCCCAGAACGUUAACAGAUUCGGACGGGAUUCGGCCAGUUAGGACCAGGCGAACGCGCCGUUUUGAGGCUCGUCAGUGACGGAUGCUGUUUCUGCUUCAGAAAAACAGAAGAAUUUAUUUUAGUUUAAAUUGAAGUGCAAUUUUAUCUGAACAUCAAAUCUUUCAACGUUUUUAUUUUAAAUUAAUCCUAAGGUUUUCUCCAUUCUUCUUUAAUCAUUGCUCUUUUUGUGUCUUAUUAUUAUAAUUAUUAUUAUUAUUAUUAUUAUUAUUAUUAUUAUUAUUUUUACUCCUGUGCUGCCUCUCCCCCCCCCCCCCCCCCCCCCCCCCAGUGAUAUUUGUUGCCCCCAUAAUUAUUUUGACUGUAAGCCUAUAAAACUGUCUCUAAAUCUCUAAGUCUAGACGAAAACUUGUAUUAAUAUCGCACCAUUCUGAGUGGUACGUUUUAUUCCUAUAGCUUUAUAGCCAGUGUAAUAUUUUUAAGGCGUUUUUAAUCUGCCUUUUCCUGCUCCGUGCUACUGAAAUGCUGUAAUCACUGUCAUCAGUGUUAUUAUUAGUUCUGUCAGGUUUAUUUAAAUCUGUUACAAAAGAAGAAUGUAAUGUAGAAAAAAAAUCGCACUUUGCACCGAUCGCUCUGACACGAAACGUGUAGUUUGUACAACGCAUAAUGUUACGUUACACGCAGUUAUCGGAUCAGAUCAUUUUACCUGCAUUACUUGUAUUUCUGUUUAUUAGUAUGUGUUGUCCAGCCAGAUGUGUCUACAUUAUUACAUAUGUGUAGGGUUACUUGAAUGUACGAUUUUAUUUAACCGUAUUUAUCGUUUAUAUUACCCAAAAGAUAUCGCUCACGUUUCUUUAUCUGUAUAAAUAAGUACGUGAGAACGCAUAGCAACGAGUUUGAUGAUCAGGAAUCAUUUUUAUUUUUUUGGCACGGUUUCAUUGAUAAUUCUAUUAAAAGAUAUGUUUAGCGUUUUAAAUGGGUGAAAAAUAAAAACUUCCCAGGA